UUCGAAGUGUACUUCGUCUCCCCGCUCACCUUCUGAAAGGGGAGAAAUCUUAGGGCUUUUUCAGAGAACCCUAAGGGUUAGGGUUUCAAGAAAUGGAACAUCUUGCCCUAAUCUCCUCCAAAUUCCCCAUCCCCGUGGGCGCUCCCAAUCCCUCCGAGAUCACUAACAGGCGGCGGCCGCCUUAUCCGUCUCUCCCCCUCCCCGCCGCCAGGGGAAGAGGAGGAUCCGCCGGCACGAGGAGGCCCAGAUUCGUCUCCUUCGCUCUCCAGCGUGGCAUCGGCGGAGCAUCGCAGAGAAUUCCCAAAGAUGUUGUGGAAAAGAUGGGCAUGCAAGGUUUUGCAAGCAUUUCAUCUUCAAGUAGCAGUCAGACGACAACAAGUAGUGGCACACCUCAUUUGCCAGUGCCACCACCAUCAACAUCAAACAUAGGUUCGCCACUUUUUUGGAUUGGGGUUGGAGUUGGGCUCUCUGCAUUGUUCUCAGUGGUGGCGACAAGGUUAAAGAGGUAUGCAAUGCAGCAAGCUUUCAACACAAUGAUGAAUCAAGCAGCACAGCAAACUGGCCAAUCCAACAAUGCGGCCUUUUCACCAGGCUCACCAUUUCCAUUUCCAUUUCCUGCUGCACCAGCCUCAGGGCCAGCCACUUCAUCACCGUCACCAGCAACACAUGUUGCUUCUCAACCAGUUGUUACUGUAGACGUCCCUGCUAGUAAAGUGGAAACAACACCACCCAGUGAAGUUGGAAAUGCAAUUGAAACAAAGGAGGAACCAAAGAAAUAUGCUUUUGUAGACGUUUCUCCAGAAGAAAUUUUGCAAAAAGAAUCUACAGAAGCAAGUGCAGAGAACCUUUACUCUGAGAAGGAAGUUUCACCUAAUGGAGCUGCUAUCAACCAAGAUAAAAGUGCUUCCAGUGAGCAAUCUCAGUCUGAUAUAUCGGCAUCUGGCUUAUCAGUUGAAGCGCUGGAAAAAAUGAUGGAAGAUCCAACUGUGCAGAAGAUGGUUUACCCCUAUCUACCUGAGGAGAUGAGGAACCCGACUGCUUUCAAGAUGAUGCUACAAAAUCCUCAAUACCGCCAGCAGCUGCAAGAUAUGCUAAAUAAUAUGGGUGGAAGUGGUGAAUGGGACAGCCGCAUGAUGGAAUCAUUGAGAAAUUUUAAUCUUAGCAGCCCCGAUGUCAAAAAACAAUUUGAUCAGAUAGGACUCACUCCAGAAGAAGUUAUAUCUAAAAUAAUGGCAAAUCCUGAAGUUGCAAUGGCAUUUCAAAAUCCCAAAGUGCAAGCUGCUAUCAUGGAUUGCUCGCAGAACCCACUUAGCAUUGCAAAAUAUCAAAAUGACAAGGAGGUUAUGGAUGUAUUCAUGAAGAUAUCAGAACUCUUCCCUGGAGCGACAGGUUACCCCUGACUUCACACGGUCAGAUUCACAAUUUUGAUGUUACCAUCCACCAUGUAGCUGGCACUGAAUGAUGAAAUCUGAUUGAGCUUUGCAUCACCAUUUUAAGACCCUGAGGUGCGGUGCCUGGAUGAUCCAAUAUUACUGCAGCAGAACUCUGCCAUGUUAUAUUUGUAGGAUGAUAGGUCCCACUUAAGUUUUCUUCAGAGUUGGAUGGUUGAUACUGAGAAAAAGGUGUUAGCUGCGUUGGCUAUUAUACGAUAGUAAGCUUCUUUUGCCGUUGAAUCAAAGAAAUAUGAAAUGAUUGAGGUACCUGCAACACUAUCUGCUGGCCUUUUUUCUCUUCAUUAUGAAGAGAGUCAAAAUUUUCAAUAAGAUGGGUGCGGUUUUUGCCAUGCCUUGGAGAUUUUUUUUU